GGACGAACCUGAGCUAACGGAAGGAGGCGUUGAGGGAGGAAAGGGGCGAGAGGAAGAAGGACUACAACUCCCAGAAUGCCGGGGGGCUGACUACAGUGACCGUGAUGCCCCGGGAAGGGGGACCUGGGUGAGGACUUCAUGUCCCACCGUGCUCUCGGGGGGCGGCCGGCGGAGAUUGAACCGGAAGACGCUCCCUGGGCGUGUGGAGUCCACUGACUGCUAGUGAGCCACCAAAAGUCCAAUAUGAAACUGUAUUGCCUGUCGGGGCACCCGACGCUACCAUGCAACGUGCUCAAGUUCAAGUCCACCACCAUCAUGCUGGACUGCGGCCUCGACAUGACGUCCACCCUCAACUUCCUCCCGCUGCCGCUUGUGCAGAGUCCCAGGCUGUCCGGCCUUCCCAGCUGGUCCCUGAAGGAUGGAAACACUUUCCUGGAGAAGGAGCUCAAAGAGUGCUCGGGCCACGUCUUCGUGGAUUCUGUGCCUGAAUUCUGCUUACCUGAGACCGAGCUCAUAGACCUGUCCACGGUCGACGUCAUCCUCAUCUCCAACUACCACUGCAUGAUGGCGCUGCCCUACAUCACCGAGCACACGGGCUUCAGCGGCUCCGUGUACGCCACCGAGCCCACCGUGCAGAUCGGCCGGCUCCUCAUGGAAGAGCUGGUGAACUUCAUCGAGAGAGUGCCCAAGGCCCAGUCGGCCUCGAUGUGGAAGAACAAGGAUAUCCAGCGGCUGCUGCCGUCCCCGCUCAAGGACGCGGUGGAGGCCACCACGUGGAGAAGGUGCUACACGAUGCAGGAGGUCAACGCGGCCCUGAGCAAAAUCCAGCUGGUGGGAUAUUCCCAGAAGAUCGAGCUUUUCGGUGCCGUGCUGGUAACACCGCUGAGCUCCGGCUAUGCCCUGGGGAGCUCCAACUGGAUCAUCCAGUCUCACUACGAGAAGGUGUCCUACGUGUCUGGGUCCUCCCUGCUGACCACGCAUCCCCAGCCCAUGGACCAAGCAUCUCUGAAGAACAGCGACGUUCUCCUCCUGACGGGCCUCACCCAGAUCCCCACCGCCAACCCCGACGGCAUGGUGGGCGAGUUCUGCAGCAACCUGGCGCUCACAGUGCGGAACGGAGGGAACGUGCUCGUGCCCUGCUACCCGUCGGGCGUCAUCUACGACCUCCUGGAGUGCCUCUACCAGUACAUCGACUCGGCCGGCCUCUCCAACAUCCCCUUCUAUUUCAUCUCCCCCGUGGCCAACAGCUCCCUGGAGUUCUCCCAGAUUUUCGCUGAGUGGCUGUGCCACAAUAAACAGAGUAAGGUGUAUCUUCCAGAACCGCCGUUCCCGCACGCAGAGCUCAUCCAGACCAACAAGCUGAAGCACUACCCCAGCAUCCACGGCGACUUCAGCAACGACUUCCGGCAGCCGUGCGUGGUCUUCACUGGGCACCCCUCCCUGCGCUUCGGGGACGUGGUGCACUUCCUGGAGCUCUGGGGCAGGUCCAGCCUGAACACGGUCAUCUUCACAGAGCCCGACUUCUCCUACCUGGAGGCGCUGGCCCCCUACCAGCCCCUGGCCAUGAAGUGCAUCUACUGCCCCAUCGACACGCGGCUCAACUUCAUCCAGGUGUCGAAGCUGCUGAAAGAAGUGCAGCCGCUGCAUGUGGUGUGUCCCGAGCAAUACACGCAGCCGCCGCCCACACAGUGCCACCGCACCGACCUGAUGAUCGACUGCCAGCCGCCGCCCAUGUCCUACCGGCGGGCCGAGGUCCUGGCACUGCCCUUCAAACGCCGCUACGAGAAGAUCGAGAUUGUACCCGAGCUGGCCGACUCCCUGGUGCCCACGGAGGUGAAGCCCGGCGUCUCGCUGGCCACCGUCUCGGCCGUGCUGCACACGAAGGACAACAAGCACAUUCUGCAGCCUCCACCCCGGCCGGCCCCGCCCCCGGGGGGCAAGAAGAGGAAGCGGGCGAGCGAGGACGUGCCGGACGGCAAGGGGGUGCGGCCCCUGCUCAGCGGCUCCAUCCCCCUGGACCAGUUCGUGCAGACCCUGGAGAAGCACGGCUUCAGCGACAUCAAGGUGGAGGACACGGCCAAGGGCCACCUGGUGCUGCUGCAGGAGGCUGAGACGUUGAUCCAGGUAGAGGAGGACUCGACCCACAUCAUCUGCGACCACGACGAGGUGCUGCGGGUGCGGCUGCGUGACCUCGUCCUCAAAUUCCUGCAGAAGUUCUGAGCCAGACAAGCACGUGGGGCCCAUGGGGCUGACCGGCAGAUUUGCUGCAGGGCAGGGUGCGGUGGGGGGCUGGCACCCAGGAAGGGGUGCAGCCUGCAGUGCCCAGUCCUCCAGGAUGGCCCCUGGCAGGAGGGAGGCGCGUGCCCCUCUGUAUUUUAUAUUGCAAGCCCGUUUGUUAAUAAAACUUAUUUUUGUAGAUGUA